GUCAUGUGACCCGAGGAUCACGUGAGGUUUACGUCAUCAGAACUCCCAGGAGCAGCUCCGUUCUGUGCCCGCUAGUCCUCCUCAGUAUGACGUCUGUAGACACGGAGCACGGUCUGGAGCGCUCUGCUGCUGUCAUAUGUGAUGCCCCCAAGUUGUUGGCUCCGGAGUCAGUCCUGAUGACGGAUCCGGAGAUUGUAGGCGACCGGCCGUCCCCUGAGCUCCCGGACAGGACGGAGGAUUGUGGAUCCCCAGGACCCGGGACCAGUGAGGUGAAGACGAGCGUCCCAACACCCAGAGCGUCCCCCCAGACGUCCCCCAGCGAGACCUCAGACCCCGACUCCUCUUCUGAGGGGCCAGGCGUGGACGGGACAUCCCAGACGUCAGAGACUGCGCCACCUGCCGGGACGGAGGGCAGCGGCGAGAUCUCGGAGGACGCAGCUUCCCCUGGAUCCAGUAAUGGCUCAGAACCAGUCACCAGGUCAACUGCCGUGACAUCGGGCAGGGUCCGGCGCAGGAAGAGCAGUCCUACAAAAAGAGAACUGGAGGACGACCUAGAUUUCCCACUGGACAUCAUCGUGAAGGAAGAGAGCAGUGACGAGGAGUACGGAGCGGCCAUCACCAUGGAGGCUUCCUCAGGUGCUGGCGGCUCUGUCAUCUGGAUCACAGAGAACGGCUCCAGUACUCCCCAGUUAGGCUCCCAAAAAUCCAGCAAAGGUAGGAAAAAAAAGCGCACCCCGGCCUUUCAGAAGCCCCUGCUGGUCAAGAGCUCGGCGCAGGCGGCCAGCCUCAUGUUCGUAAUCCCCAGCGAAGAAAUGGAGUCCGUGGUGGACGCCAAGAAGAGGAAGAAGCGCAAGGAGGUGGAGUACGAGGAGGUGCACUGGUGCGACAUCUGCGACGACUGCUUCUUCGAGGAGUCGGCUCUAGAGGAACACAUGAAGACCCACCAGGACCAGUCACACGAGGACUACGAAUGCGAGGACUGCGGCCAGGUCUUUGAUUUCGCCUCCGAGCUCGAGCAGCAUCGAUCCAAGAAACACAGCAAGCUGCGCUACUGCUGCGACAUCUGCGGGAUACAGUACCACUACAAGUCCCAGUUCGUCAUCCACAUGAGAGCGCACUCUGGGGAGAGACCCUUCACCUGCGACGACUGCGGCCAGGAAUUCGGUCACAAGUGCAGCCUGGUCAUUCACCAGCGGAAGCACAUGGGCGUCACCCCCCACCAGUGCAAGAAGUGCAAGAAAAUGCUGGACACCCGCGUGUCCUUGGCCAAGCACCACAAGAUGCGCUACUGCCCCGACUGCAAGAAGUGCUACACGCACCGCAGCUUCUCCAAGCACCUGACGAAGAGCUGCACCAAGGCGUAGACCCCCGGACCCCCAGAUCAUUAUGCGCUGGGUCCCCCUUCCUGAUGAGCCUGGCCCCCGUUUCCUCCAGUUAGUAUAGGGCCACCACUCAGUGUUUACGGUUUAGCCUCAUUUCCGGGUCAUUUGUGAGGGGCUCGGACCCGUCACCUGAUAAUGGCCUAAAUGAGUUUAGUAAUGUCACAGCUUCCCCUCUAGUCACAUCCAAAGCAGCAUCUAAAUGCCUCAUGUUCUCACUGCCGCCCCCUGCUGGUUUACUGGAUAGAGCCAUCUGCUUAUUGCAUGCAGCUCUGGGUGUGAGUGGAGUAUAAAACUUUGGUUGGGACUGUAGUAUAACGAUGUACGGGGGGCAGUGUGCGAUGUACGGGGCGCCCUAGAUUUAUCCAUAGGAACGUUUAAUUCUGUAGCGGGUGAUUUCUACC